AUGGCAUUCCUGUUGCGAGCUCUGCGCGUGCACAAAUUACCUGCGGGACGGGAUGACGGGCAUAAGCUUUGCGCAAAGGGUCUCGUUUCCUUACUCGCGUUACACGCAAGAAAAUCCGGGGCUCUCGUGCUGUCAUCCAAGGUUGAGCAGUUGCUGUGCGUGGGUGACUCGGAUGCAGGCCCGCUUGACUGUUGGGUGGAGGACGACUUUCGGACGCGAUCGGUAUUGACCUCUCAGCGCCAUCGGAAUCUGCCUGGAGGCGUCCAGUAG